AUGUCUAUGUAUUUACCUCUAAAUCCAGGAUUUUUCCGACUUCUUCGACUACCUACGCCUACAACAGUAGUUCAAGAGCUCGAGGUGGUCUCUUUUGAGCUUGCCCAAUCUCCUCUUUACACUGCACUGAGUUACUGCUGGGGCAAUCUAGGCAGGUCUAGAUCUGUCCAAUGUAAUGGCCAAACACUGAUGAUUACCCCUAAUCUCGAAGAGGCUAUCGCUUCGUUGCGGUCACUUCAACGAGAAACGGAAUGGAUUUGGAUUGACCAGAUCUGUAUUAACCAAGAUGACAAAACGGAGCGCGCAAUCCAAGUCGAUAUGAUGAAAGACAUAUACUCAUCGUCUCUUGGAACCAUCGUCUGGCUGGGAACCAGUGUGCCAGAUAUCGACAAGCUUUUACCUCUGGUUGAUCUGAUGUCUAAUUUCCACAAGGUAGACAUAAAUCCCACUGGCACCAGAAAACGCAGUCGAUAUACGAAGGAGGAAUUCCUAGCACUAGGACUCCCAGAUGCUCAAGACCCCGCAUGGUCCGCCUUUGGCGAGAUCCUAUCUCGACCCUGGUUCGUCAGGUCAUGGAUUAUACAGGAAGUAGCUCUAUCGAAACUUCCUGCUCCCAUGAUUUGUGGAAACGACACGAUAUCCUGGGACAAGCUCGUACCCGCAGCAUCAUGGUUAUUGUCAAUGUGUUUUCACGUCAGCCCUCUGAGUCUCAUUCCAGCAACUCUUCCAGCACUCCGAUCCUCAAAAUUUUUCCUGGAACUGGAGCAGUUGGGCUUGCCAUGGGAUCUUACUACCCUUCUUAACAAAGCCAUGCGUUUCAAGGCAUCGGUCCCACGGGAUAGAGUUUACUCUCUUCUUUCGUUGACAGACGAAGCGAGUGAUACAGGAACUCUACCGCCACCACUGCAGGCGGACUAUCACAAGCCAACUGAUCAAGUCUUUUGUGAUGCCACACGGCACAUUAUCACAUCAACCGGCAGCCUUGCCAUCCUGUCACUGAUCCGAUAUGUUCCCAACUGGAAUCAAUAUUCUUCCUGGGCGGUUGAUUUCUCAGCAACAACGGAGUGGGACAGAAUAUCCUAUUUCGACUGGGAUCAACAAGAUCAUAAGAGGCGACGCUUGGUGGAAACACUGAACCGUGCUUCGAGUGGCCGUCCAGCGGUUGUGGUCAAUCAUCUACCUAACCAUGUUCUAGGCCUCGAAGGACUAGAAAUCGACACUGUCAAUACUACUUUUGAGGUCAUGUCAAAGUCAGACCUUGCUUCACACGACCCUCAGAUUUGGGCAACAUGGACCAAAUCCUAUGAUCAUCUCGAAUCUCGAUACCAGUCAACUGAAGCAAUCGCUCGCGCAUUCAUGGUUACUUUGACGGGUGACUGGAGCCUCAACAACCGUGAGAGGAUGAGUGACCAACCGUUGAGUCAUUUCUGGGAACAUAUGUGGCGAGUAUAUCAUCGACUUCGCCGCGACUCAGGCUUUGGAGAUGCAGUUGAUAUCCAACAAGAGAAUACCAAGUACUUGAUGCCACCAAAAUCGAAUAGCAAUGACCACGUCAACGUGUUUAGCCUUCAUCUCGACGCAGCGCAUGAGAGGAGGCUAUUUUUGACAAAGGACUUGUCCUGCAUUGGCCUUGGCCCAAAGACUAUGGAGGAGGGUGACAUUAUUUGUGUUUUGUUUGGGGGAGCUACGCCUUUUGUUUUGCGACGAUUCGGAGAGUUCUUCCGGUUCAUUGGCGAGUGUUAUGUGUUUGAUUUGAUGAACGGCGAAGCGAUGGAUGACCUGGGAAAUAAAGAGUUUCAUCCAAAGGCAUUCCACCUUGUCUAG